AUGGUUCACAUCAAAACUGUUAUAAUCAGUGGCUUCAAGACUUACAAGAAUCGGACCGUGGUGGAGAAUUUUUCACCCCAUCACAAUGUUGUUGUCGGUUCCAACGGUUCUGGUAAGUCGAACUUCUUUGCAGCUAUUAGGUUCGUCUUAAGCGAAGAGAAUUCAAACUUAAAACGUGAAGAUAGGAAGGGUUUUAUCUACCAAGGUGCAGGGCAAGUAAUGAGUGCAUUCGUUGAAAUUAUCUUUGAUGAUCCUGAGAACUUAAUGCUUGCACCGUUAAGAAACGAUACUGGAGAGGUCAGAAUUAGAAGGACAGUGGGAUUGAAGAAGGAUGAAUACAUGAUUAAUGACAAGAACUCAACAAGACAAGACGUUAGAAGAGUUUUAGAAAAUGUAGGAUUUUCAACUUCGAAUCCUUACAACAUUGUUCCGCAAGGGCGAAUAAUAUCCUUGACCAACGCGAAAGAUUUAGAACGGCUGCAUCUAUUAGAGGACGUUGUAGGUGCAAAAUCAUUCGAAAACAAACUGAAAGAGUCUUUGAAAAAGAUGGAGGCAGCAGAGAGAGAUAGAACGAAAAUCACUAAUGAAUUAAACGAACUUGACAAACGGUUGAGCGAAUUGUCCGAUGAAAAGGAAGAAUUGGAAAAGUACAACAAUCUAAAUAGAGAUCGAAAAGUUUUACAGUUUUGCUUAUACGAUAGGGAAUUGAACGAUAUUACGAACCAAAUUGAACAACUUGAAGGUGAGUACAAUUCAAUUAUUGAAAAUUCUUCUGAGUAUGUUAACGAAUUGGAAAAAAGAGAAGUGCUUGCAGUAGAGCUCAACAAGAGAAUGAAUUCUUUAGAAAGUGAGAUUAAAAUAAAACAGUCUACUGAUCUACCACAGUUAAAGGCAUCGAAGCUAGAAGUUGCUGGGGAAUUGGCGGAUUUAGACACUAGGUUAAACGAUAUUCAAAUGCAAUUGGAUGCUUCACAAGCGCAUUUGGAAUCAAAUGUCAAAGAAAUCGGAGAAGUAAAGAAACAAAUUGAGAUUAACUGCUCGUCAAUUGCCGAGGUACAACCAAAAUUCCAAAAACUAUCAAAUGAAGCAGAAAUCUUAAAAGUAGAAAUCGAGAAACUCACAAAGAGGCAAAGAGAAUUAUUAUCAAAAAAAGGGAAGUAUGAAGAUUUUCGUACGGUAAACGAAAGAAAUGACUGGAUCCAAGAACAAAUUAACUUAUUAAACCAGUCGCUGAAUAAAUCUAAUAUAUUAAAAGAUCAACUGACUAGCCAACUUAGUACACUACAGCAUGAUUUAGAGAAUUUAAAUGCUGAAAUUGAAGACCUAGCCGAUUCAGUAAAUGGAAUGGGAUCUGUUGCUCAGCAGGAAGACUUGCAAAAUAAAGUAACACAAGCCAAGAAGGAAUAUUUGACGAAAAUCGAUCAAAGAAAACAGCUAUGGAGAACUGAACAAAGACUACAAACAAUUUCCACCUCUCUCGAUAAUGAUGUCAAAAGGUUUGAGUCAGAUAUGAAUGAAACAAUUGAUCGUUCUUUAGCACUUGGUCUACAAAAUGUCAAUGACAUUGUUAAUAGGUUAAAUUUACAUGAGCAUGUUUUUGGCCCUGUAGGCGAGUUGAUAAAGGUAAGCGAUAAAUACAAAAUAUGUGCAGAAGUCGUGGGAGGCAACUCCCUUUUCAAUGUUGUUGUUGACAAUGAAGAGACCGCAAGUUUAUUAAUUAAGGAAUUGUUUGCAACGAAAGGUGGAAGGGUAACAUUUAUUCCUCUCAAUAAGUUGCAUGUGGAUACCAACUUUACGUAUCCAAAUAACUUGGAGAAAAAUCAAUGUACACCUCUAAUCAAAAAGAUCAAGUAUGACGUGAAAUUUGAGAAAGUGAUCAAGCAGGUUUUUGGCCGAACUCUUGUCGUUAAAUCCUUGAUUGAUGGUGCUUCCCUUGCCAAAGAAUACAAACUAAAUGCUAUAACUUUAGACGGUGAUCGUGCAGACAGUAAAGGUGUUUUAUCUGGUGGUUACUUGGAUCAGUACAAGAGUAAUAGACUGGAUACUUUACGAGACUUCAAACAAUCGAAAAGAGAAUAUAAAAAAAUUCAAGUAGAGCUUCAAGAGAUUAAACAGGCGCUCCAGAGUAUCGAACAGGAAAUUGAUGGCCUAAACAAUGUUGUUAAGGAUGCUGCAGCAGAGAGAGAUGCGUAUGAAGCAGGCAUAGAAAAGGCUAGGAGUCAGUUGAAAGCAAAGCUGUCUCAGAAAAUUACGAUUGAUGACUCUAUAAAAGCUUUGAAGGCGAGACUAAACAAAAUCGAUACGGAGCUUGAACAAUGUAGAGAACGUACAAAUGCCUUUGCUGCGGAUAUAUCUAAACCAUUUGUUAAUGAACUAGAUGCAGAUGAAAAAGCCGAGUUACUUGCUAUAUCCAAUAGCAUUCAAACGAAAGAAACGUCUUUGAAUUUCAAUUUGUCAACUUUGAAUGAACUUUCUUCUAAGUUAGACGAGCUCAACGCUGAAUUAAAUUCAAAGCUACUUCCUAAGUUACAUGAGCUGGAGCGAAAGCCCUCUUCUUCACACAGUUUACAAAUCAGUCAGAUCAACAACCAAAUGGAACUUGUUCUGAUGGAGAAACAAACUGUGACAAGGACAAAAGAACAAGUAGAAUCUGAAUUAUCAGUACUAGACAGCAGUAUCAAAUCCCUUAGAGGAGAGAAAGCAACCCUUCAAAAGGAUUUAGAUAAAGCCAACUCACAACAACGAUCACUAGUCAAAAGGAUUACGAACUUUCAGAAGAAUGCAGAAAAAGUUUUAUUGAAAAAGUCAACUCUGAACUCAAGAAAGGAGGAAUUGCAACAAUUGAUUAGGGAGGUAGGGCUAUUAGCAGAAGAAUCCUUAAAAAAAUAUAAACCACUUGCUAGUGAUGAAAUUCUCAAGAAAUUGAACACUACUACCGGGCAUUUAUCAAAAAUGACUAAUGUAAACAAGCGAGCAUCUGAAAAUUACACCAGGUUUGAAGAUAAGAGAGGCGAGCUCACUUCAAGAGCUGAAGAACUAGAUGAAUCAAAGCAGUCUAUUGAAAAUUUGAUUGACCAAUUGAAGGAACAGAAGAUCACUGCUAUAGAAAAAACCUUCAAUAAAGUCGCUGACAACUUCAGUCGUGUCUUUGCGACUUUGGUCCCCAGAGGAAUUGGCAAGUUAAUUAUCAAUCAUCGUAAAAACACAGAUAACUCGGAAGUAUCAACUAAAAAACGUAGAAGAGGGGCCAGGCAGGAACAAAACUCAGCAGAGGCAUUGAAUGAGAGCAAAUAUACAGGAGUUUCAAUUCAAGUGUCCUUCAACUCGAAGAAAGAUGAACAGUUGCGUGUGGAACAAUUAUCUGGCGGUCAAAAAACUGUUUGUGCUAUUGCCUUAAUACUUGCAAUCCAAAUGGUUGACCCUGCUCCUUUCUAUCUGUUUGAUGAAAUUGAUGCCGCUUUGGACAAGCAAUAUCGGAUAGCUGUGGCAAGAACCAUCAAAAACCUCUCUGACACAGCUCAAUUUAUUUGUACGACAUUCAGGACAGAUAUGAUCAAUGUUGCAGACACAUUCUUCAGAGUGAAGUUUGAAAAUAAAGUCUCCACCGUCACGGAGGUGUCUAGACAAGAUGCAGUGAAUUUUAGCAGAGGUAAUAAUAAAAUGGAAGAGCUGUGA